AUUUUCGUCAAGGAAACGAGAGCGUUUACAGCUAUCGCGUCCUCCUUACAACCCCAGCCCAGCCCCGUAACCGUCCAGGGAAACGUCAGUGCCCGGGUUCAGUUCCAGCCAGGCGGGGAGUCAUGCCCGUGCGCUGGAAGGGGUUGAGUGAGUACAAGAGGAACUUCAAAUGGAGAAAAUCAGAUCCAUCUAAGCUUUAUAACCCUUCAUAUGAACACAAAUGCCAGUGGGCUGGUCUUCGAUCAGAUGAACUUGGAAUCUCAAAAGAACCAAAUUUUAUUUCCAAGAGAAGAGUGCCUUAUUACAAUACACAGGUUUCAAAGUCCUUUGAGUGGAAUGGGGACAAUGAUUCGGAGAAAGAUGCAUCAUCAGAACUUGAAUUUCACCAGCCCCCUGAGCAGCAUAGAAAGGACAGCAAAGAUGAUAUAAAUCAUGAAAAUAUUAAAACACCUGAUGCACCCAGGCUUCCUGAGAAAACUCAUUCCAAUUCUGUAGGUUCUAGAUCUGAAUCAACUGUAACUCUUUCAGAAAGGAAGAAGUCACCACCCAAAACGUCAGUUCAUGAAAAUGGAAUAUUAGCUUCUACCAAAAAGGAUGAUGGAAAAUCAGACAAUGGGCUUGAUAAAGUUCUACAGAGGAAAGCAGGCAUGAACAUUUCAAGAUCAAGUAGCUUCCCCAGAAGCUCGGAGUAUCAAAGGCAGUUUGUUUGGAAAACCCCUCAGAAACUAUCCCCAGUACUUGCAGCAGACAAGUUUAUCCACAGUGCAAGCCAGUCCAUUCCUCCCUUUAAGUCUCCUGCUAUUAUUUCUGAAACUGAAUAUGAGAGGAGUUUCAAACCUUCAUUUCCUGUGAAAGAAUUGAAACAGAAAUGUUUGGAAGAGAAAGGAUGUCCUGAAUCUGAACCUGUCAAUAUUUCUGGAGAAAAGAAUGAAAGAAAGGAAACAUUUUCGAAGACAAUCGGUAAUUCAUCAAAGCAAAGCAAAGCGGAAACAAAAAAGAAACACUGCAAACAAAAACUUAAGCCACCCUGUUUGCAUAGAAGCUUAAGGAAAAUUAACACGGAAUACAGAUCAAACUUCUUACCUCCAACUCAGUACAUGUACAAAGAUGGAGCUUGGUUGCGUAUCAGGAGAAAUAUGCCUGAUCAAGGGUCUCAAAGCACCCUAAAUACCAUGUGGUAUAUGGAGGUGAAAGAACUUCGAGAGAAAGCAGAGGCGUACAGGCAAAGAAUACGGGGAACUCACUUCUCCAGAGAGCAUUUAAAUCAGAUUCUCUCAGACAACAACAGGCUUUGGGAUGUGUCCUCAGAUUCCAGUACAGAAGAAACCAUAAGCAACAAUGUCAAAGCUCUAGAUUUAGCAGGGAUCCCUGAGAAAAAUCUCUCUCCAAGUCCUCAGAUAUUGCCAAAGCCUGAAUGGUCAGAGCAGUUCCAACAGAAUAAUACUGGGAAAUUAGGCUUCUCAGAUGCUGCUACUGUUCCAGUGAAACGAAAAUUGGCAUGGGGUGAACCAGGAAAUGUUCAAGAACUGGAAGUCCAUUCACCAGCAUUAGGAGAAGGAGAAGAAAAAGAAAAUAAACAGGAAUCUGAAGAGGUUGAAGAACAAGACCAAAAGUAUCAGAAUACCAAUGCUGACAAUCAGCAAGAAGAAAAUAUGAAUUCUCCAGGUGAUAGGACAGAUUCUCCAGUGCCCUCAAGGGAAGGUGGACGGCUUCCUACUCCAGAACUAAGAGCAAUUGGUGGAGCCCAAAGAACACAUCAUGACCUUACAACACCAACUGCUGGAGGUGCUGUUUUAGUAUCACCACCUAAAGUCAAAUCUUCAUCUUCAUUACAAAUCAGGAAGGAGUUAUCAGAAAAAUACGGCUUGACCAAUAAUCAAGGCUCAAGAGAAGAUUUGAAAAGAAAAUUUAACAGGGAUGAAGGAGAAACUAUAUCUCUGGGUCAUUCCUCAGCUGCUGGACUGAAAACCUUGGACCCUUUGCCCCUAAGGAAAGAUCACUGGCCUAGUCAAAAUACCACUGGUGUAAGAGAUCAUCCAACUUCAGUGCAUUUGGAGAAGACAACAAUUGUUCCUGGGUUAAAAUCAGCUAAGGACCCUGCUUUGCCAUAUUGGAGUCCAUUAUGCCGCAUUAAGGGAACUCUUAGAAAUCCAGAGUUUCAACAUAAUGGUAAUGUUGCAAGUCCUCAAAGGAGCUGGUUGCAGUUACCACUUCAUGAAAAGAACUAUAAUCCUGAAGAUGAUGACGACCGAUUGUCUCAGCUAUCUGUUCGAUCUGCUGCUUCUAGUUCCCUUGCAUCUCAGGUUCUCGAACGAGCUCAGAGGAGAAAAGAGAACUUCUGGAGCAAACUGUGAUGCUGUUUGCUAUAUCUACAAACUAUUAUGUAUUUGGGUAUUUUUAUGAACAUUAUUUUGAGGUGACUUCUGAUUUUCUGCAUCUAUCACCUUGAUAAAAGAAAUGCUGGGUAUUCAUUGCUACCUUUGUGUAUUGGAUAGCAUCUGGGAAUGCACAGCCUAUCUUGGGACUAAGUGCUAUCUACCUCACUAUAAUGCAAAAGCAUUCUAAAAAGCCAUAGCUGAAAAAUGUUUCUAAUUCAUAUACAAUAUAUGAGAUUUUACAGUUUUAGCAGAGAAAUGACAUGAGACUACUAUAUUUUUGUCAUAUUUUUUACCACAAACUGUAGAUUCAGCCAUGGAAUUAGAGUAAAAAGUAAAGGUUCAAAAGUCCUUAAAAAAGUUCUGAAAGUCUUAAAAAAUGAUUCAAAUUGUCCAAAGUAAAGUAAGACUGGAGCAAGUACAGGUUGCUUUCAACCUUUAGGAUUAUUCAGUAAUUAUGUUAGCAAACUUUUAACAUCUUCAAGGAUAUUUACAUAAUACUUCUACUGUCCAUAAACUGAAUUCAUUCUCAUUAAUCCUUUUGCUCUAAUGCUGUCUUUAGUCUACCACGCUGUUUCUUGGUUGAUGUUUGCUUAAUACACUUUUGACAUGGUUUUGAUCGCUUCGGUUACAGCAAUAGUGGCAUUGAUUUGGCUCUCAUCACACUGUCUUGGUGAUGCUGUCUGUCAUUGUAUUUUACCAUUUAAAAUACAAUGGCAGAUGUUGCUGUUAUCACCGAACUUCACAACCACUUGUUUGGCUGCUUAUGGUUUACUGUGAUGUUAUACUCAAGGUUUAUUUCAAAGUCACCCCCACUUCCUUUUACCCCUCCGCACUAUAAUGACCAAUGCUAUAAUGAGCAAUGAUGACUGUAAUGAUUUAAGCCCAUGGUUCUCUAGUUUUGAGCAUCUUACAGGAGUUUGGUUAGCAAAACAUGUGAGCAGCAUCUGAAAGUCCUAUCAAAGCAUUCUGCCACAUUUUGCAGAAUAGUAUGCUGUUGGCAAUCUAUUUUGUUUAAAUCACACUUGUUUCCUCAAGGUAAAUUUGAGUUUUGUGCAUGUGAUCAUAGUUAGCUUUGUUAGAAAUACUGGUAUUGAUGGCUGGGUCAGUUUUAAUUUCAUAUACUUUUACUGUCAUUGUAUUUGCCUCCUCUUAAGACUCAGAUGUGUUAUCUUAAUUGUCUCUUCUAGUUGCUGUGGCAGAACCUAUAACAUUACUGUAAGAAGAUUGUUAAAACUAAGAUAGAUUGUAGUUUAGGGUAAAACACCCACGAGAUGGUCCUUUGCUUCCCCUGAAUACCUACAGAAUUUUAACAUUAAGCAAAUGUGGUUUGUAAAGAAGUGAUGGUAUUUGUAUUCAUGGUUUUUAAAUGUUGGAUUUGUAUGAUGAAAAAAUGAGUUUUGUAUGUGUUUUAAAAUAAAAGCCAGAUUGUGUUUUUGUGUAUAAUAAA